AUGUCUGCUACAUUUAUUGAAUCUACACAUGGUAAACGACAGUUAUGUUACGUCGGCUAUCGAUAUUCUUUAAAACGUAAGAAUAAAAAUAGUUCUGAGUACUGGGUAUGUGUUAAAUGUCAAGCAACAGCUACAAGUUAUUCAGAUUUAUCAGUAACUGUACGUGAUGGACAUACACAUUUACCUGACAAAACUGAUAAAGAAAUAUUAGAAAUAGGACAGAAUCUUAAACGCAAAGCUAUUGACGAAUCUGUUCCAAUUGAUCGUAUAGUCGAAGAAGCAUUUCAUGUAAUUAAUAAUCAAUUCCGAUCCAAUGAUUUGCUUAUAAAUAUACCAUCAAUUCAUACAAUUAAAAAUACUGUACAAAAACAACGUCGGAAGACUCGUCCGCCGCUUCCUAGAUCCAUCGAACAACUGCCAUUUUUAUUAUCCGAUGUUUAUUGCAAAACUACACAAGGUGAACGUUUUUUAUUAUACGUUGGACCGCUUGGUGGCGUUCGUUCACUGGUUUUUUCUGCUUAUAAUGAUAUGAUUUAUUUAUCCCAACAGGAAAAUUGGUACAGUGAUGGUACCUUUUAUACCUGUUCCUCUAUUUUUUAUCAAACAUAUUCUAUUCAUGCUUACUAUGAUGGCAUAUCAACGCCAUGCAUUUUCGCAUUACUUAGUGGCAAAUCUGAACAAACUUAUACUGAUUUAUUUGCAUUGAUAUUUAAAGAAAUGUUCGAGUUCAAUUUACCUGUUAGACUGGAAACCAUUACACUUGAUUUUGAACAGGCUGUUAAAAAUGUAUUUACAAAACAUUAUCCAACUGUUACUGUUCGUGGGUGUUUAUUUCAUUAUGGACAAAGUUUAUAUCGUAAAUUUGUCGAUCUUGGUUUAAAAACGGCAUACAAAAAUGAUGAAAAUCUUCGUGAUUGGUUCCGGUCUUUUGCAGCAUGA